AAAUUGCGGGUCUAUCUGGCAGCGUAAUGAUUAUAUUUAACUAGACCUUAGUUGUUAGACACGCAGCAGUCAGUGGUGGUCAUCCCUGCGUCAGCUGACAGUCUUGUGAUUGUAACUUGUGUCGGCCGCGACAGGGAGGAUUCUUUACUCUUGCUGUUUCAGUCAUCCAACGGUCACAAAAUGCUUCCCAAAAUCCGAGAUGAGGACAAGGAGUCCAAAUUCGGCUAUGUCUACGCCGUUUCUGGCCCUGUCGUUACCGCGGAAAAGAUGUCCGGGUCAGCCAUGUACGAACUCGUUCGUGUAGGCUAUCAUGAACUUGUGGGUGAAAUUAUUCGUUUGGAGGGUGACAUGGCCACCAUUCAGGUGUACGAAGAAACCUCAGGAGUCACAGUUGGAGAUCCUGUACUGCGAACUGGCAAACCUCUGUCAGUUGAGCUUGGACCUGGCAUUCUUGGUAGUAUCUUUGACGGUAUCCAGCGUCCUUUGAAAGACAUUUGUGAGCUGGCAAAAGGAAUUUACAUUCCCAAGGGUGUCAAUGUGCCUGCUCUCAACCGAGACAUUUCAUGGGACUUCAACCCACUAUCAAUCAAGGUCGGUAGUCACAUGACUGGUGGUGACUUGUAUGGAGUUGUCCACGAGAACACUUUGGUGAAACACAAGAUUAUUCUGCCUCCGAAGGCAAAGGGUACAGUCACCUACAUUGCUGAACCUGGAAGCUACACAGUCGAUGAUGUCAUCCUGGAAACUGAAUUUGAUGGAGAAAAAUCCAAGUUCACCAUGUUGCAAGUGUGGCCUGUGCGUCAGCCCCGGCCUGUCACUGAAAAACUUCCUGCCAACUACCCUCUGUUGACUGGCCAGCGUGUAUUAGACUCUCUGUUUCCGUGUGUACAAGGAGGAACCACAGCUAUUCCGGGUGCUUUCGGUUGCGGUAAAACUGUAAUCUCUCAGGCUUUGUCGAAGUACUCCAACUCUGAUGUCAUUGUUUACGUUGGUUGUGGUGAACGUGGUAAUGAAAUGUCUGAAGUAUUGCGUGAUUUCCCGGAGCUUUCUGUUGAAAUCGAUGGUCAAACAGAGUCUAUCAUGAAACGUACUGCACUUGUUGCCAACACAUCAAACAUGCCUGUCGCUGCUCGUGAAGCCUCCAUCUACACAGGUAUCACCCUGUCUGAGUACUUCCGAGACAUGGGUUACAACGUAUCCAUGAUGGCUGAUUCUACAUCCCGUUGGGCUGAGGCUCUUCGUGAAAUCUCAGGUCGUCUGGCUGAGAUGCCCGCUGACAGUGGUUACCCCGCGUACCUUGGCGCUCGUCUUGCCUCCUUCUACGAGCGCGCCGGACGCGUCAAGUGCUUAGGAAACCCAGACAGAGAAGGCUCUGUUAGUAUUGUGGGUGCUGUAUCACCUCCUGGUGGUGACUUCUCUGACCCUGUCACCUCUGCCACUCUGGGUAUUGUUCAAGUGUUCUGGGGUCUUGACAAGAAAUUGGCCCAACGCAAGCACUUCCCCUCAAUCAACUGGCUUAUUUCCUACAGCAAGUACAUGCGAGCACUUGAUGACUUCUAUGACAAGAACUUCCCAGAGUUUGUUCCCCUCCGUACAAAGGUAAAGGAAAUCCUGCAAGAGGAAGAAGAUCUUUCUGAAAUUGUGCAGCUUGUUGGUAAGGCCUCCCUUGCAGAGGCUGACAAGAUUACCCUUGAAGUUGCCAAGCUCCUGAAGGAUGAUUUCCUUCAGCAGAACAGCUACUCUGCCUAUGAUAGGUUUUGUCCAUUCUACAAGACAUGCGGCAUGUUGAAAAACAUGAUUGCCUUCUAUGACAUGUCACGUCAUGCUGUUGAAUCAACUGCCCAAAGUGAGAACAAAAUCACAUGGAACGUCAUUCGUGACUCAAUGGGCCAAAUUAUGUACCAGCUUUCAUCUAUGAAAUUCAAGGACCCUCAUAAGGAUGGAGAGGCGAAAAUCAAGGCGGACUUUGAACAGCUGCACGAGGACCUCCAACAGGCUUUCAGGAAUUUGGAAGACUAAAUCACCUUUGUGUUUCAUGGCUCGCCUAAUGAUCAAGUGAUAUCAUAUUGAAAUGUUUAUUUUUGUGUCCAACUGUUCUAGCCCUUCAACUAGAAGCUUUCUUAGUGUCGAUGUGCUGUGCCCCAGUGUUCUAGACAUAAGGAAACACUGACAGUACACUGUUCUGCAGACAUUUAGUUGAUUUUUAUGUUCAGCUUCAUCUUACCAUUAAGUUACCAUACCUGUAAUUAGUCUCCUCCUUUUUUUUCCUGUUUUUUGGAAUUCUUUUUGCAUUUGUCCUUUUUAAAAUUUUUAUUGUGCUUUUACCACAUUGCAUUUAUUUACCUUUUGAGUUAUUUUGUAGUGAUUUCCUACUAAAAGUCUGCAGGACCAAGGGCACAGUUGUCAUGAUAUUAAAUCUAUAUCAGCAUUCCAAUUCUUUUAAAUAUUUGUCUUGUGUUGGGGCAGGAAUUUGAGUUGUAUAUGUAUGCACCACAACCAAAAGAUAAGUUUGGCACAUUUUUUCAGUUCGAUAUUAAGCUUAUUUCAUGGUCUCAAAUUUCUCAUUUGAUGACUAAGUGGCAGGUUGAUCUUUCAAAGUUGUACUUAUAGUUGUGGAAAUAACUUUCAUGAAGAUUCUGAUAUCCUUUACAUCACAGUAUUAUCAACAUUUGGCUUGCCAAAACGUUUGUUUUUCUAAAAAGAUGUGGAGGAUUGUAUCCGCAACCGUCUUCAGUAAGUGGUUAUCAAACUUUCCUUAUGAUGUUAUUCCUGUACUCAUUUUACUUUAGUAUUAAUAUUGCUUGCCAUGAGUCACUCAGGAGGAAAUGUGUGCCAUUGUUGCUCCAUUGUUCGGCUCUGUUCAGCAAUGUUUUAUCACGUAGAUGCUUUGUACGUACUUACCAUUUUGCUUUCAAAUCUUGCAUAUAUGUACAUUGAACUGUUCAAAAGGCAGUUUCCCCAUUUUUAUUUGAGUAGUCCUGUGAGAUUGCUCUUCAUGUUUUGUUGAGGCUUGGAUACAUGAUCUUCCAUCUUCUAUCCUUAGUGUUGCAAUAAAAUGAAAGUUAUGAGAUUGUCAUUGUUUUAUGAAAGACUUUUUUUUUUUUUAAAGAAAAAUGAGUACAAUAAUAAAGUUCACAUUUAGAAAUUGAACAUUUAUGUAGAAUUUUAAUGUUAGUCUAAAUAUAUAUAUAUACAUGAAAAUAUAUCUCAAAUCUAUUUGACAAGUUUGUUUUGGGUUGAGUGUUGCUUUCUGGCUGAUUUCUUCCUAGAUGACAUUGUAGUUUAAUCCCCUCCAUUUACAUGGAACUGUUAUGUUGAUUCAUUAUUAUAAUGUUGUGUAAGAUAUUUAAAGUAUCAUGUGUCAUUCACGUUGUGCAAUGUAAAUUCAAUAAUAAAUAUUCUCUUGUAUAGAAGUGUACAGUAUAA